UUUUGGGUCCGUAAUUGAUUUCAUUUUAGCAUUAGAAGAGACAGCUAAUGUACGUGUGACAGACGAAAAGAAUGUAUCUUGCAUUGUUAGCUGUGCAGGAAACACUGCACUUCACAUUGCAGCCAAGUAUAGGAAAGUAGAGAUUUUAGAGCUACUUGCUACUCUCGUCCCUCAACUGAUCACAAUGAGAAAUAACAAAGGAGAUACAGCUCUUCAUGUUGGUGCUAGAAAUGGGGACCAAUCCUCAAUCCGUAUUAUUAUCAAAAGUUAUAAGAACCAUUUUGAGAACAAAAUGAACAAAGAGAAUAAUGAAGAAGCACUGUGGAGGAUGAGGAAUGAACAUGGGAACACGGCACUGCACGAGGCAGUGAUGGCAAAUAGUGUUGAAGCGGCAAAACUCUUGUAUGAAAAAGAUAAAGAUGGGGCACAUUUUCUGAACAAGGAAGGUAAAUCGCCUUUGUAUUUGGCUAUUCACAAUCGAAAUAAUGGAGUAACUCGACUUUUGCUGCAAGCUCCAUUCCAGGAUAGGGAGAACCACCAAGGAUCGUCUCCACUUGUUGCUGCUAUUCUGGCAGAGAAUUCAGGACGAAGGAUUGCUGCAGCAGAAGAGACAGGAUAUGGUUAUUUGUCCAUGAUGGAGAGUUGGCUCAUUGUUGGGACCACGCCUGCUAGUUCAGCACAAGACCAUAAACAAGAACAAGAGGAUACAACGUUAUCAUCAGUUUCGCUGAAGGAAUUAGUGAGAGUGAGACCUGAGCUAAUGUACUUGAGAGACCAAAAAGGCAGGACGCCCCUACACUAUUCAGCAUCCAUUGGUUAUCUUGAAGGUGUACGAACCAUUGUAAACGCAAGUCCCCAAAGCAUGCUAGAGUGUGUCUGUGAUACAAAAGGCUACCUUCCUAUUCAUGUUGCUUGCAAAAAUGGUCAUGUUAACGUGGUCCAGGAAUUCAUUCAACGAACAUGUUUUGAUCCCAUGGAAUCACAAAACCAAAAAGGUCAGAAUAUUCUUCACAUUGCAGCAAAAGGUGGAAAAGAUACAGUGGUCAAUUACAUAUUGAGAGAGAAAAAAGUUGAGAAUCUCUUAAAUGAGAAAGACAAAAAUGGAAAUACCCCUUUACAUUUGGCUGCCAAAUACUUACACCUGAAGGUAUUGCUCCUUUUGACACAUGAGAAAAAUUUGAAUGUCAACCUUGCCAAUAAUGAAGGGCUGACAGCUCGUGAUAUUGUUAUCCAAAGAAGAAAUACACCACCAACAGUUAGAGAGAGCAAGCUUGGUGCUUGAAUGACAUUGGUACUUAUGACCAUUAUGGGGGCUUGAGUUGUAAUCUACCAUGUGCUCCUACUCCAAUCAUAUUAACAGGUAAAGAGCCCAUUCACUUUUUGGUUCGUAUUUUGAAGAUGCCUCCACUGUCUUGUAUUAUUCCUCCUACUUUCUUACCUUUUUGUGUUCAGGAGUUUGAUUGUGGCAUACCACUCUUGUUCUUCUCAUGGUUGCUAAUAUAUGAAGCUGUGAUUGUGCAUUUUUACCUUCCAAAUAUUCUGUUUAGCUUGAAGCACAAUUUGAUCCAUAUGGGUUUCCUUUUAGUUCUGUGUUAUUACGAGACAAGAAUGGUACCUCACCAUGCUGUGGUCUUACCUAUUUUAAUGUUACAGACGCUAUUGUUAAAGCUAAUGGACUAGCUCAAAUCAACUAGGAAAGAGAGCUUGCAUGGACUAGGCAAAUAGAGGAGCCAUUGCAAGGAUUACAGUGGCCAUCAUCUUUUAUUCACGAUUUGUGGAAUUCCAUAGACAAUAGUGACUUUCAUAGUUUGCACAUGUG